CGAGACUUCGACAAGGCUGUGGGGCGGGAAGAGAGUCGGAGACACAACAAACAUGGCGGCGGCGGCGACGGUGACGAAGACGGCGGCGGCGGCGACGGUAGCGGCAUUAAACAAGGCGGUGGGAGUUACUCGGUGCGGUGGUCAGGUGAACUCUGUAUGGCUUUUCAAUUUUAGUUGAAAUUCCCUCCAUGGCCUUUUGGAGUCCCUUGGUGUGUCUCCAGAGUAAAUUUCGAUUACUCUUCAUUUCAUCAAUGUUGGAGUGGCAAGAAAAAGGAGGAACUGAUUUGGGGUGAAAAGGCAUAACGAACUGUAAACUUCAAAAAAAUAAAAAUAAAUAAAAAAAGAAAGAAAGAAAAAGAAAAAAGUAAAGAUGGGUGAAAAGAAACCAGAGCCUUUGGACUUCGUGAAAGAUUUCCAGGAAUAUCUGACUCAACAGACUCAUCAUGUGAAUAUGAUUUCUGGAUCAGUUAGUGGGGAUAAAGAAGCAGAGGCUCUUCAGGGAGCUGGAACAGAUGGUGAUCAAAAUGGACUCGAUCACCCAUCUGUUGAAGUUUCUCUGGAUGAAAACUCAGGAAUGUUAGUAGACGGGUUUGAAAGGACCUUUGAUGGGAAGCUCAAGUGUCGGUACUGCAACUAUGCCAGCAAAGGAACAGCCCGGCUUAUUGAACACAUUAGAAUCCACACAGGUGAGAAACCUCAUAGGUGUCACUUAUGUCCAUUCGCAUCUGCUUACGAGCGCCAUCUGGAAGCCCACAUGCGUUCCCAUACAGGAGAAAAACCAUACAAAUGUGAAUUAUGUUCCUUCCGCUGCAGUGAUCGAAGUAACCUGUCCCAUCAUCGAAGGCGCAAGCAUAAAAUGGUACCAAUUAAAGGCACUAGGUCUUCCUUAAGCAGCAAGAAAAUGUGGGGAGUUUUACAGAAGAAAACAAGCAAUCUGGGCUAUAGCAGAAGAGCACUAAUCAACUUAAGUCCACCUUCCAUGGUGGUUCAGAAGCCAGACUACCUUAACGACUUUACCCAUGAAAUCCCAAAUAUCCAGACCGACUCGUAUGAAAGUAUGGCAAAAACCGCACCAACGGGUGGCCUGCCAAGGGACCCACAAGAACUCAUGGUUGACAACCCUUUAAAUCAGCUCUCGACUCUGGCAGGACAGUUGUCCAGUUUACCGCCGGAGAACCAAAACCCCGCCUCCCCCGACGUGGUCCCCUGCCCGGAUGAGAAGCCUUUCAUGAUGCAGCAGCCCUCUGCCCAAGCGGUCGUUGCCGCCGUGUCCGCGAGUAUUCCUCAGAGCUCCUCCCCCACGAGCCCUGAGCCUCGGCCGCCCCACAGCCAGAGGAACUACAGUCCGGUGGCAGGUCCGAGCAGCGAACCGAGUGCCCACACCAGUACCCCCAGCCUAGGGAACAGCCAGCCGAGCACUCCGGCUCCCACGCUGCCGGUCCAGGACCCUCAGCUCCUGCACCACUGCCAGCACUGUGAUAUGUACUUCGCCGACAACAUCCUUUACACUAUUCAUAUGGGAUGUCAUGGGUAUGAAAAUCCUUUCCAGUGUAACAUAUGUGGCUGCAAAUGUAAAAACAAGUAUGAUUUUGCCUGUCAUUUUGCAAGGGGACAACAUAACCAACACUGAUUGAAAAUAAUCACAUUAUGCUUUCCUUGGUUUUUGUGUUUUAUAGUUUUGUUUAUUGUUGUUUUUGUUUUUCUGGGGGUGGGGUCAUUCCUAAUAAGAUGUCUGCUAAUUUAAAGUCUAUCUACAUAUUUAUAGAAUGUAAGUUUGACAGUGAAAACAAAACUUUCUCCUUUUUUUUUUCUUCUCCCCAUAAAAAUCUGGUGAGGGUCACUUAUGUAUUAGAACAGUUAGACACAUUGGGGUCUAUUUUCUCGUUUCAUUUAGACAUUUGAGAAUUGGAGUGCAGUCAUAAUCCUAACAGGUAUUCAUUUAAAUUUCCCAUAUUUAUGGUCCAUAAAAUCUUCAAAGCUUAUUGCUACUCUUGGUAUUUCAACAUACACAUUGCAGCUAGGUAAUUUCUGCCAUGAAUCAGCAUGGUAAAAUUACCGCCUCUUCCAAAGUCUAUUAACAGCUUAUUCAGUGUUUUCAGAGAGGAAUUGCCUUUAACAACACUCUUAACUGACAUGCUGUUUAGUUCACAUUGCUGAAGUUGAAGCCGCGCUUUCGUUUCAACUGAUAAUCACAGAACUACUUUGUGUAGAUUUUGUUUUCCAUAAGGGGAAAUGUUAAUAGUGCAUUCCUUUCAAAUUAAAGCUAUAAAAACAUGAGGUAAAAGUUCUGAAAAGAAAUGAAACUUAAAUUGAAAAUGGGCUUAAUAUUUAAAAUACCUGUUUAUUCCAUUUCCAGUUUAAACACCUGUCUUUUUAUGCUGGUUUAUUGUAAAAGCCACAGGUAAAUACAGGAGAGUGCUAGAAAUAUAAGAGGAUUAUCUGUAAAGAUGCCUUUUUGUUUCUUUUAAUUUGAACCUUUCAUUUAAAUUCUCCAUUCUGACAUCAUUAUUGUCAGGCGAGGUUGAUAAGUAUACUGAGACUCUGUUAUUCCUUCUAUUCCUUUGAUGACCAAAGAGGUACAGUGGAAUUCAUCCAUCUCACUCCUCAGAAAUGCAGUCCUUUACACACAUGUACACGCGCGCGCGCACACACACACACAGAAUCUCUGAAAUGUCCAUUUCCUGCCCUCUGUCCAUUCAUUGUCCAUAAUUUCUGAGAAGAGGUGGUAUAGUAACACAUGGGAAAAUGUGGUGGUGAAGUAAUACUUAAAAAAAUGAGAACGUGUGUGCAGAGCAAAUUCUGGUUUUUCCUUCAGAAUUGGCCAUUUAAAAGAUUUGCUGUGAAUUCAAGUUGUAAUGCUUAUUUGCAGGUCCUGCCAGUUUUUCGUGUACAGUGACAAAACUAUACGGAGACUGAAUCGCCGCCUUAGUAGGAAAGGGUACAAAAAGUAGGAAAAUAGAAGAUGCAGUUAAAUGUGGUAUUUGAUUUGUUUACAAAAAUAAGACUUGCUAAAUCUAGAAUAAUUUUGAAUAGGAGGCUAUUGUUUUUAUAUUGUGUAAUAACUAGCUUACUCUGAAGAGGGCUUGGUCAAACAAUAAAAUAUAUUGUUACUAA